AUGUCCCUGGUACAACAUGUUUCUGCCAUUGAUGGUGUCGAUCGUGAACCCGAGCCAGAUGACGAUAUCACCGACACUACAGCGGUCACGGCCAAUCUGGAUUCGCUCGCUCCGAUCCGCCGCAAAAUUAGCUACGAUGUAUUCCCUGUGCCUCCCCCGGAGACCGACGAUAAACACGCGACGGCCGCGUACAAGGUGUCAAACAUCCGGCGUCUGGCCCAGGUAAUUGUCACCGUCCUUGCGUGUUGGUUUGCCUCGGGCAUUGUGUUCGGCUUUGCGGCUUUGAAGCCCGUCCUGGUCGAAGAGGGGGUCUAUCGCAGCCUGUGUACCACGGAAGAAUUGCAACGCAAUGUGGAGCUUUGCUAUAAACAGGAUUUGAAGCUGAACCUGUUUUUCACGGUCGGAUCGAUUACGGCGAACAUGUCGGCUCUUCCGGUCGGAACCAUCCUGGACCGUUACGGCUCGCGCGUUUGUGGCUUUGCCGGUUGCUUCGCAUUGGCCACGGGAUGUGUCUUCAUGGCGGCCUCCUUUUCAUGGCCCGAGUUUGAUGGCUACAUAAUCGGGAACCUGUUCCUUGCUCUGGGGGGAACCUUUAUUUUCGUCCCCUCGUUCCAGAUCGCCAACGCCUUUCCGCGGUAUGCCGGGACCAUUGUCGCCCUGGUCACCGGCGCCUUCGAUGCUUCGGCGGCGAUUUACUUAUUCUACCACCUCAUCUACGAAGUCGAUCGUCAGAAGUUCAGCCCGAAAAAGUUCUUUCUGGCGUACCUCGUUGUCCCGGCGAUGAUCUUCGUUUCUCUGCUCACGAUUAUGCCGGCCCACGAUUACCAGAGCUCCCGCUUGCUCCAUUCGAAGAUCGAGAAGGCCGAGGACGCAAGGCGGGAUGUACACGAGUCGGACGAAGACAUCGAGAGUGAGUCCGAGCUUCGGCGCAUCCGACAGGAGCGUGCCGCCCGCCGACGCGAUAAGAUUGACAAGAUCAACGGGGUGCUGGGCGACGAAGACGAGCGGAAACAGCGCGAGCAACAAGAGGAGGAGCGCCACACCGUGAGCACCGUAUGGGGGGUUCUUCACGGCCAGCCUGCCCACAAGCAAAUGGCAACGCCGUGGUUUAUCUUGAUCACCCUGAUGACGGUGCUUCAAAUGCUGCGGAUGAAUUAUUUCAUCGCCACAAUUCGAUCGCAGUACGAAUACAUGUUGCACUCGGAGCUUCAGGCCGAGUGGAUCAACCGUUUCUUUGAUAUCGCCCUGCCAGUCGGCGGCAUCAUCUCGACUCCUUUUAUCGGACUGAUCCUGGAUCAUUUCAGCGUUGCGGCCACGCUUGCCACGAUCGUCAUUUUCACCACGGCCAUUGGGAUCCUGAAUUCCGUGCCGGCGCUAUGGACUGGCUAUGUGACCAUUAUGCUGUUUGUGCUCCUCCGGCCGCUGUAUUAUUCUGCGAUGUCCGACUAUGCUACCAAAGUAUUCGGGUUUGCAACGUUCGGUCGUGUUUAUGGAACGAUCAUCUGCCUGUCUGGCCUGGUAAACUUCUCCCAGUACGGACUGGAUUCGCUCACCCACGGGCCCCUCCAUGGGAACCCAAUUCCAAUCAACAUCUUCUUUGCCUGCGCAGGAUUCGUGAUCGGAACGGCCUUGGUGGGAUUUGUGUAUUUUGCCGGACGGCGGUUGACGGAGAAGCAGCUGGAGGAGGCCGACGAGGAGGAGCGGCAGCGACUGAUCCAGGAGGAAGAUGAGGAAGACGAAGAUGAGGUUUAA